AUGUCGCGAAGAACCUCGACGCAGUUCAACCGCUACAGGGCGGAAGCGGCCCGGGACUACGGCGUCGGAGCGGACCGGAAGGGGUCGUCGCUGCUGCGCGAUGUGGGCUCCAUUCGCACCAAGCUUGACGACGUCACGAAGCGGCUGGAGUGCAACACGGCGCUGGAGUCGGAGAGUGCGGAGAUGAACGAGCACCUCGUUCUGCAGGUCGCGGCGCUGCAGAAGGGCUUCAACAUGCUCGCGGACGCGGUGGUCGAGCAGCUCGAGGCCGUGCGCGACGAGUCGUCGCGGUGGCCGGAGGAGCGGCGCGGGUGGGUGCGCUCCAUGGACGACCUGCGAAAGGACAUGCAGCGCCGUAUGGACGGCAUGCACGCCAAGUACGAGGAGUCCCUCGGCGCCCUCGAGCGCGCGUGGCAGGAGAACCAGGGGCUGCGGUCCGAGAACGACGUUUUGCACCACAGGCUGAGUGAGUUGGAGGCGCAGAGCAAGCAGCAGGGCGCGCGCGUGGAGCGCGUCGUCGGCGCGAUGGGGGACCUGCGCGGCGGGCUCGACGACAUGCGCGCCGCGACGCAGGACCUGGCCACCAAGGUCGAGGCGCGCGAGGCCAUCCAUCGCGGCAUCGGGCGCGCCAUCGCCGACCUGGAGGCGAAGCUGAAGGGCGAGGUGGACGCGCUCGGGCGGGACGCCGCGGAGGAGGACCGGGAAAUCAAGCGGCAGCUCGCCGAGGUGGCAGCGGAGGUCAAGAGCCUCGACACGCACUGCCGGCAGCUAGACACGGCGCAGCGCGACAUGUCGGGCGCGCUCGGACAGCGCGUGACGGUGCUGGAGCGCGGGCCGGACCUGGAGCCGGUCGCCGCGGCGCUGCGCGCGAUGGAGGCGCGGGUCAGCGGGAUCUCGCAGCAGAGCAUCGAGGCCUCGCGCGGCGUGCAGGAGGCCCUGGGACGCAUGGCGCGCGAACAGGCGGCGUCGGAGGCGGUGGUGGGCAGCAUCGAAGCGAAGCUGGCGUCGCUGCGGCGGGCCGUGCAGGAGCACCACGACGCGCUGGUGCGGUCCAGCAAGGUGUUUGCCGAGGCGCUGCACAUCUCAGUGCCUGUGUCGCAGGUGGCGCUCGCGGCCACCAUCGACGCCGGGCGGUCCGACUACGGCGGCGCGAGGGGGUACGUCACGGGCGGGGGCGCAGGGGGCACGGCGCCGACGCCCGGGCUCUGGCCGGCGAGGGGCGCGGACGACACGAAGUUCAACGCGUCAGUUGCGGGCACAGCCGCGCGCGCGACGCCAGGCGCUGUCUUCCGGUGA